GAUAUUCGCUAGUUCUUCCCACUUCCUGUUUAUCUUCCCCAAUCUUCCUCAGUAAUCCAACUUCCAUCAAGUCUUCGAUAUUUUUUAGGAUCCCACAAUUUCUACAGCAUGAUCAGAUUCCAAAGAAACCCCGAUAUUACCCAGAUUACAACUAUGCCAUCGAAAAGAAACUUCUUCGAGAUGUCUGGAGAUGCCGCAAACACCAAGGCUCACCCUCUUGACCUUGUAGGUUACCAUCAGGCUUCUUCUGUACAAAUGCAGAAACAAGCUAAUCAGAAUCAUUCUAUUACAGAUUAAAGAUGCCAUUGAAGUCCACGAGAAGAUAGUAAAACACAAGCAUCAAGCCAUUCAAAAAGCAGAACAAUCUAUCCUACGAAAUCAGCUGAAGAUCGAGGAAUAUCAAAACAAAAUUGAAGAACUUAAAAAGCUGAAUAUCAAUUUGGAAGAUGAGCAUGCAGAAGCGAGAGAAUUUGUUAGAAACGCUGAAGUAGAAGGCAGAGUACUCAAGGCUACCAAAAAGCGAGGAGAGGAACUCGAAAAAGAAUUGUUAGAUAGUGCAAAGAAGGAGUUCGCGGAUAAGAUGGAGGUUAUGCUUCAGGAGACCGAGAGUCAGAUGUGUCUGAAGCAAAAUAUAUUGCUGCAGAUAAAGCGCGAGGCAGAUCCAUGAGGUUAUCAAAAAGGAAACAACUCAGACCAUGGCUUAUGGAUAUCUCAGAAACAAAUACAAAAGUCAGUAUGUGCGAUACUAAUGCUAGAGCACGGGAGUGGCCA